AUGAAACAGUUCAUACGACCAAGCGCCGGGCUGCGCUUAACCUCGCAUGUACACUUGCACGUACGGCCCUUCCAGCACACAUAUACUACAUCAUCUUCGGCAGGAAAGGAUAGCAUUUCAGACGCAAGCAACGACAAACAAGCUCAGCAAGCUCCGCAUGACUCAGAACGAAACAAUUCAGCACUUUCGGACACCAACUCCGCAUCAUCGGGUGCCGCCAAGAAGAAGACAGUCGCGGAGAUGGACGAGGAGUUACGGCUAAAGCUCGAGGGCAUGUCCGGCGGCGGUGGCUCGGCAGGGAUCGAAUACGAGAAUGGAAAGGCGGAGGGGCUGAAGAGAGCCCUUCGUGGGCCGAUUGACGGUCACAAGGCAAUAUUCGAUAUGCUCAAGGCGUUGAUCCGUGCCGCAGGCGACCAGGUCGCCCAGCGUGGGGCGCCGUGUCACAAUAUGCAGGGCGUGAGAGGUUGCUUGGAGAUCCUGAAGGAUGGCGAAACUGUGGGCCAGGUCCGGGGGUCAUUGUUGAUAACGCCUGAAUGCCCUCUGGCCGACCACGAGGGAAUCCAACCUCUGUUCGACGACGUCCUCUCGUUUUAUCGCCCACCAAAUCUAUCAUUUGGUUCUGUCCAACAUCCGGCGAAUAUGCAACUCCAAUCCGCCCUCGCCCUUGCGGCUUUCGCAACGGCGACCCUUGGCCAGCAGUGUUAUUACCCCAGCGGGAAAGUCGGCACGGCAGACAUUCCCUACAAUGACUUCCCAGCCGAUGCCGCAAGGGUCGCAAGAUGGAAGAAGAAUGGAACGGAUUGGCUUUAUUGUUGUGUUGGCUCAGACUACGACAACGAUUACGCUUCAGCUUGUUCAGACGAUGGAGUCCCCUUCGCUCUUCCCUCUGCCUCUCUCAUUUACGGAGUCGCCGCGCUCUCCAGCGCUGAGCUUGUUUCGAGCACCGCCAGCUCGACAGCCACGUCCGCAACAUCAGCUUCCGCAGCUACAGCAACAUCAGCCGCUGCCAGCUCCACGGCAACAUCUACGGGCGACACUUGUCCGGAUUCUGGAGCUCAAAUAGGUGCCAUAGGCGCUGGAGUCGGCGCCUCUCUCGGCGUUUUGUCAAUCAGCGCGAUCAUGUGGGCAUUCUGGGAGCGUCGCCAGCGGCUGAAGGCUGUGGCUCAAGCCGUGCCGUAUUCUAAAGCUGGUUAUGAGGCACCGGGCGGAUUUCAAUAUGCUUCUGACUCGACACCGACGGCCUCUACACCGUCCGCACAUGCGUACAAUGCGCCAAUACCAGUAGUGUAUCCACAUGAGAUGGGCCCCAACGAACACAAGGUUGAAUUACCCGGAAGCAUCACGGGUGUUGGUAGCCCUAGGGGCUAG